UCUAAAUAUGGUCGGUCCAGUCACAGGCGGGAGGUGGUUUCAACUGAGGGAUUCGAACGUUGUGUCUGUAGCGCCGAUGACAUUUUCACUGUGUACGGUUAUGGGAAGUCCACUGACUGCGGAAAAUAAGAAAACCUUCAGAAAGUCAAAUGAGCACUCGGGGAAGUCCUUGCACUUCAGCAUCAUUCCCUACACCAGGAGACUCCAAUGAAGCCGCCCCACAUACCGAAUGAGCCGCAUCAUCCACCACCCAGGAGAAAGUUACCACUUCAAAGUCCUGAGCUGUGUCACAGAUCAGAUCACUUUCCUAUUUCCUUGGGACCAAUCUGUAUAAUGGGCAGCCCAGCUAACAUUGGAACCCCAGCACUUCUGUCCAGUCACUGUUCAAGGGAAAGACUUUGUCCAACACAGAACUCUGGUCAACACCCAGGGCGUUUCUACUCCUCACAUAAUGUUCCAUUCAACCAGUCUAACAUUCGUGCCUCAGCAGAUGGGCAACAGUCCCGGCCUCCCACUGACUUCCAUUACAUCUCCCCUAAGUUCAUGAGGGAUGUAAGCAACUACACCUCGUCUUUUCACAUGAGGAGAGAUCAAGUAAUCAAACCCAAGGCCACCUUGUCUUUUUCAGGAAGCAAGAAUGUAACUGCAAAAAAUCAAGACUCAAACAAGACUCAACCUAGUGACUUAAGAAGUUUCACAUCUACUUCCCAGCAGCACAGGCCUCAUGUGAGCCCACCAGAGAGAGCAGCUGAGGAAGUUAAUCCACAGCAACCCUCGUACUGUGAGCCCCAGACUCCUGGGAACUGCCAUUGCCCCCCAAGUUACUGCAAAUAUCCUCUGAGUAGACGGUCUUCUGACAGAAGAAGUGAUGUUGGUGUACCUAUGAUGCACAGCCCUGCACGCCCUGACCAGGGCCAGCAAUAUAAACGAGUACCUUCAAGUGUAAAGUCAACUCCAGCAGCGGACUCGCAUUGCUCAUCAUUGAAGAGGCGAAGGGACUCUGAGGACAACUCGACCAGCCCAUCAUUAGUGUCUUCAUUGAAGUGUUCUUCGGACUUGAAACUGCAACAGAGAACCACAGACAGCCACCUGUGUACAGAGCCAGUAUGUGGCCAGUCGUCACGUCUGGUUGACACUGAUGCACAGGAUGACGAUUCCAAACAUUACUACUUAAGGAAGGCAUAUAUAACUUCCUCUCAGGAUCAGAUCAUCAAGAUCAGAUUAUCUGAAAUGCCUGCUGAUGGAUGUUUGAGAAAAACAGAAGUGGAACCUGUUAGAAAGACUAAAUGUAGCACUUUAUUCUCCCCCAAGGUCACUAGUAGUUUGCCUCAUACGCACAGUACCUCAGUUCUACCAGUGAAGACUCCAAGGACCAAGAUGAGCAUUUCGCCCAAAUCAUCCUCAAAGUUAAAUUCAGGUUCUCAGGUUGAACUGAAUAAAACUGCCCGCCCACGAAGACAUGGUGUGAUGCCUAAUUACACAGAUGAUCUCUUUACCCCUGAUCCCGUUUCCUAUUUAGUCAGCACUGCACAUAAAACGGCAAAACCUGAAAGAGCUGGAUCAACCAUUAAGUCUACCAUGCCAGAGAAAAGCUGUUCAUCCACUACAUCCGUUAGAUCCAGUACUCGAGUUACUGGAUCCUCAUGUCACAAAACUCAAAACUCCACAGUAAGGGGUUUUACUAAUGCAGAAGACACCAAAGUCCCUUAUUCAGUAGGUAACAUACAAUUCCAAUUGCCUUCUGUAACUUUAGAGAGGAUAAAACUUGAAAACAUUCCUUCUCGCUCUAAAGACAGUGAGCUCAAAAACAGUCCUGUCACCAUUUCAGGUAGGCAACUUCAGGGCACGAGUGUCAAAUCUGAAGAGGAACGCACGACUCUCCUCGCUCACAAUGUGACUUCAGUGACGGGCACCACUGCCUCCAAAGAGAUGUUUCAUUUCACAGAAGUGAAGGAGGAGACCGGUGAAAGCGAUGGAAAAAAGACAAAUGAAGAAGAUUCUGUCGAUAUUGAGUCUGUAGAACUUGACCUAGACUUCAGCUUUGCGUUAGAUUUGGGUUUAGCCCAGAGCUCUCAGAGCAGUGAAGAAGAGCAGCUGCUUUCCUUGCAGGAGAUGAUUGAGUCGGUUACCAAGCCUCCAGAUACACCAGAGAAGGGAGCCUUUUCAGAGCCAAGUACACCUGGAAAUCACAGCAUGCGGUUACGUGCUCGAUUGUCUUCCCCUACAAAGCCCGGUCUCUACAAAAACAACCUUGAUCAACUGCUGAAGGAAAUCAACACCAAUAAGAAAGCUAAAAAGAGUGAGGAGCAGCUUCUUUUGAUGUGCAAAGAGGACCUGCUGAGAAUAGCCAAAUAUGAGGAGGACCAGGAGCAACAAGAGGAGGCCAUCACCAGUGAACAACAGGAAUUUGUGCAACGCUACACAUUGAUGUCAGAUGGACUCAGGGAAGUUCCUCCAGGAGAAGCAGUGUUCAACCUGGAGAAGUUUGGUCAGAUAUUCAACCAGGACACACUGCAGCUAAGAAAAUACAUGGUCAAGCCACAGGGGAUGGCACAAAAAACUCUUCUUUGGUCCAGUCCAGCUCAGCUGAGAUCACAUGUGACCAUGGGGUUGUUUCAAGAAGCGUACGACUGUCAUUCGCCUUGUCCAACUCAAGUCAGCCGCUUCCUGUUCAAGAUGAUGUCAGUCCACAUGGAGAGGUUGAUAUCCGAAAAGAUACUCGAGGUCCUCUGUGACAUCGCCUGCACUGCUGCGCGUCAGAUAGUGGAAAGUGAAAGCCAGCAGUUUAAAGUGUGGGUCCCCAGUUUGGCCGAUGUGACACUGGUCCUGCUGAACAUGGGAGUUCCAUUUGUUUCCCUCUUCCCUUUUGAAAAUCUGCAGCCUCAAUUCACAGAAGGAGAUUUGCUGGAGGAUGUUUACAUAUAUAAAAGUGAAAGUCCUUCCCAUAACAAGGAACAGAAAACUGUUCCUGAACACAACUACAGCACCAUAUUGAAGUAUCUGUCUCUCUGUAUGGGCCUGUGUCCGCGAGCAUACAGCGACGAUGAGCUGCUUUUGCUGCUCUCUGUGUUGGAAAGAGUGAGCCUUGACACUCAGCUCAUCCUCCAGCCCAGUGUGGAAAUCUUCCCUCUUCUAUAUAAAAUUCUCAACAACUUCAGGGACUGGAAAUCUAUGCUGCCCAGAAUCUGUCUGGCCCUUACUGAUCUGACAGAUGACCACCACAACAUGUGUCUGCUCAUCCAGCAGCUGCCUGACAACAAACGUGGGAAGCAACUGCGCCAACAUCUGAGUCUGUCUAUGAUUUCUAAGCUGUUGAAUGGAAAAAGCACAUACAGGCCUACAGAAGAAGAGUUUCAGCUCUCUGCGCUGAGGCCAUAUUUGCCCGCUAUGCAACCUUCCACCAUUGUUCAAGGAAUGCUGAGCUCCACCAGCCGGAGUUGGACAGAUGAAGAUAAGGAUAUGGCUUAUCUAGACCAACAGUCCUACUACCUCUGCUAUAGCCUCCUGACAUUGACAAAUGAGGCUUCCAACUUUCAGUCUUUCCCAGCCCAUCAGAACGACCAGCUGCUGUGUCUGUACUCUGAGCUGGAUGUACAUGUUAAGUGUGACAUCAGGGAGAGUGAGAAAUGUCUGUACCGAAGCAAGGUAAAGGAUUUAGUUUCCCGAAUUGACAUCAAAUGGCAGAAUAUGCUUCAGAAGACCAAGCCCUUCUAUUCAUGGUCUGCUGUAUGAUCACUGUCAACCUUCAUCUGGACGAGAGGACGUCCAGAUGGAAGAGGACAAAAUCCAGUGGACAGUAGAAGAGGCAAUUGUUUUAGAAGAAGAUUAAAGGUCCAGUGUGUAAGAAUUAGAGACUGCGAAAUGCAACAGGGCUCCUCCACUUCCACUGCUGACCACACUGAGGCCUUUACAUACAAAGGAAGAUGUCGUUUUUUGAUUUCAUAUUUUGCUUCUGCUUUAAUGUGUUUAUAUACAAACUGUAUAUUUAAUUCUGCCAAUAAACUCUCCAUAUACGCACAAAUUACACACUGGACCUUUAAGUACAGGUUCUAUAUGUAGUCUUGCUUUUAAAUGACCAAGUAAUUUACAGAAUGUAUCAUACAUAUGGUAUUGUGCUUCUUUUCUUUUUUUUAGCCCAGUAAGUUAAAUAUUUGAUACCUUGAUCCUAAAUGGUGUUUCUUAAUUUGGCAGUGAUGGCAGUGUCUGUGAUUUAAAUAUCAACAAGUUGGUUAUUUAUGCCAAUAUUCUGCUGGAUUUGCAAUACAGUGGCCACUAGUAAGUGCUUUACUGAAGUAUUACUUGUUUGUUUCCUACAGUUAGACUUGUCAUAACAGGAAAAACACAGACGAGGCAUUUCUAAUAAUAUUAAUGGCCUCAGUUCUACUAAAAUAUUUCUAGGAAUCCGCAUCACUCUCCAUACCAUAAAGUUCUGAAACAGAAUUAGUUCAGCAAUCUAUUUCCUACAGAUUCCUUUAAAUUUUUUCAGUGAAAGCCUUUAAAUUGUCAAUAUUGUUCUUGUUUUAUUGUAAUAUUUACCCUUGUGUUGAUUGUGUA